AUGAGAAGGCAAGACAUAGGUUUUGCCCACCCCGAUGUUGUCCUGAGCCCGAGGGAGAGCCGUUUAAUGUAUGACAUUCAUUCAAGCCUUCUUCUCCGAUCUCUGUCUUUCACCACACCCAUCAUUCGGAAUUGGGUUUUCCUCUUUCCCUACUGUGUGCUUGGAAAUGGAGUUGAGCUGAUCAAUUACGCAAAUGUAUUUUUAUUGGUUAAGAAGCAUUGGGUGGUGCUUGGUAGCUACAUAAUGCCAAUUGUUCAGAAAUUAUAUGAUACUUGCAAGGCAUCUUUGUCUCCUGAGGGACCCAUCUCAGAAGAAGCUCUUGAAAAAGUUCGAGCACUUUUAGUGUGUCCUUGUGUUAACUUUUUCAUUGUUGUCACUGCCACGCCAGAUGAGUUGAAGCCUUCUAAUGUGGGUCUCGAACAAGAGGCACAAAUGGUGCGUGGUUGGAAAGGUUCUUUGAAUGAUUUUGACAGUCUUCUUGUUAAUCUGUUUGGAGUCUUCCUUUCUGAAUUUAGAUGUGGAGGUUCGAUUCAUAAGGGUGGAGUUUUUCUUUUGCAGAUGGGAAUCUUCUGCAUGGCCCCUGGGUCUAUUAUUCCACUUCAUAAUCAUCCUGGAAUGACUGUUUUGAGCAAACUUCUUUAUGGUUCUUUACAUGUAAGGUCAUAUGACUGGCUGGCUUUACCCGGGUCAGAUGAUCCAUCUCAAGAAGUGUUCCUGACUUUGCAUGUUGAGAGGAUGGUCUUGAGACUUCUCAAUGAGGCUGGUGUGCUUCAUGCUGAUAUAAAAAUGGUGGACGAUGGUCAUAAACUGGAUCAGAGCAACGCAAGACCAGCAAAACUUGUGAAAGAUUGUCAGAUGAGUGCACCUUGUAACACAACAAUUCUAUAUCCAAACAAGGGUGGCAACAUUCAUUGCUUUAAAGCCUUAAUCCCAUGCGCUCUCUUUGACAUUCUUUCCCCUCCUUACUCAUCAGAAGAUGGAAGACACUGCUCAUAUUUCAGGAAGUCUCCCAGAAAAGAUCUUCCAGGUGUUGAGCUGGAUCAGUUGUGUGAGGUAAAACCAUCUGAAGUGACCUGGUUAGAAGAGAUUCAAGCGCCUGAAAACCUUGUGGUUAGGAGAGGUCUGUACAGAGGCCCUACUAUCAGACGAUGA